AUGGCCACGGGUGUCCUCGAGCAGGUGGUGCUGGCCUUCUCGGCCCAGAUAUCGGAGCUCCAGCAAGCCACGCUUCUGCGCGCCGAUGAUGCCAGUGCCGCCCUGUACAAGGAUGAUCUGGUGGCCCUGGAGUCCCGAGUGCGGGAGCUGGAGGGCAGGGUGCGGGGUGUAAGGGAGCAGCUGGCCAGGGACCGGGCCGCCCUCCCCGCCGCCCAGGCCGUGAUCCGGGCGGCUACUCUGCAGCAACGGCAGCUGGAGCAUGUUGAGGCCUGCCUGCCCACCUUCCUCCCCUCCCUCCCGCCCACCCCCCCGGUGCACGGCGGUGGGGGUGACACGGUCCACGCCGAGCCCGCCCGUCGCCCCCGCGCCCCUGGCCAGGAGAACUGCGCCGAGCCCAACGCCGUUCCGAGGUACAUCAGCAGCGCCGAACUGGAGUCGCUGUCGUCCUACAUGCGCGGCCGCCUGACCGCGGACCGCGUGAACCAGUCGCUGGACGAGCUGGCGGCGCACGCGGCACGCAAUGCCGCGCUGGUCCUGGCCGCGAGGCGGGGGCGGGUGGCGGGCGCGGACAAGAGGCACGGCAUGUGGCUGGCCUACUCUGUCGCGGUGAUGGAAGGAGGGAUCAAGGAGCCCCUGCGUGGCCAGCGCUGGGUCCUGGAGUCCGACCUGAAGACAGGCAACGCCCUGAAGCUGGACAAGAGCGGGAAGGCCAUCCUCACUGUUCUGCGACACCUGGGACGAAUCUCCGAGGCCCGGGUGUCGGUGGAGGGGACCACCCUCCUGGCCAUCCUCCUGCAGGACUGA